UGAGGUCUUCACGUGUGUGCGCGGGCGAUGCGGACUGUACUCUGGGCCGUACACGCGUGACUCGUUCGGCGUUGUCACGCGUGUGUGCGCGCUCUACGAGCUGCGCACCGUCAGUCCUAAUAAAAGAGUAUUGGAUAGAGCGGAAGAUCAAAGCCGGAGGAACUGCCACGGAAUACUCGACGGUAGAGGUCGCACCCAAGGAAUCCGGGAAGAAGGAGACAAGUGGCAAACGCGGGCGAAAGAGGAAAAAAGCAAAGUAAAGUCGAUCCUGACGAGGUUUAUGGAACGAUAUAAAACUUCGAGGCAUUCCCCUAAUGUAGAGACUAGGGAUUUAAAGAUACCGAUCUUGAGAGCGGUCGAAAAUCGUCGGUGAUCAAACGUGAUCACGAAUUUACUUGGGCCAUCAAUGAUCUCGAUAUUUUCGUAGUUCCGGGUCCCAACUUUUGUCUUUUGAUCAAAGGAAACGAAUUCGCGAGUGAGAGGACUCGAUCGAGUCAAGAAGCACGAUCGGGAUGAUCACGGGUCCCAAGGGAGUUGCCCCUUUAGCGUCUUCGGAAACACCGAACUAACUCUAAAUUAGUCCAAAACACUCACGCUAAGGGCCCGUGGGACUCUCGGAGUGGAGGCACAUCGGGAUAAUAAGGGCGAGAAUAAGGGGGAAAUAAGGAGGGCGGAAAAUGAAUAGCUGCGAAAGGAAGGACCCGAGUUCCCUUGGUUGUUUAAUCGCGUGGACGACAAAUGACUUAAUUAAGGGGCGUCGAUCGCAUUGCUGAGAGCGGCGGAGCAUGAGCCGUUGCUGAGAAGGGUGCAGCAGCUGCAGCUGCAGCCGCGCUGCAUCGACCGUGUGCUCCGACUUAUAGAUCUUAGAGGAGGGAACGUCGCGAUUAAGAGCAGCAACGAUGUCAUGGCUGAGCCAAUACGCCAGAGAAAUUCGCCGGACCAGUUGGAAGGAAAAUAGCCAAUAAAAAGUGAAGCUAGUCAAACAAAUUAAACAGCUAUCGGACACGAGUGACGAAUAAACUGCCCGCGAUGGAACGCUUAUCGCGAUAGGUUCGUAAAUGCAAAUCUUGGUGGACAGUUUAUCGUGUGUGAAAUGGAAAGAAAGUUAAUGUGCAAAAACUGUGCGGUGGCUUCUUACGUAGUCGCGAAUUCCUUCUGAAAACGAGGCGGAAGCUGUAGCAGGAUUGUUUCUUGGUGGGACCCUGAAAGAAACCGCACGGAGAGACGCCACAAAGGGAGCGACGAACCGGAGAUCCGAGGGCAGGAUAGCGAGAUGAAGCUCGGAGAUAAUAUGGCGGCUGUCGAAGCAUGCAAUUCUUGGGGAGAAGUUCGCCCGAGAAAGAGCAGACCGCCCAGAAUUGGCGAAAUUCCGAGACACGGUGCAGUAGACGAGGAGUCACCCGGGUCGUCUUCGAAGAGGUUAAGCCCGUCCUCGGACUGCGAGGACUCGGUGUUGGAGAUUUCCCUGAGAACCCACCAGGAUACUGUGUUUAUCGCGAAGCUACCAACCGAUCAGAGCUCGGGAAAGCCUGACCCCGAGGAGGCUCCUCAGGGCUCGGACGAGCGGUCUCGAUCCACGAUAUCCGAGAGAACUCGAUCCGAGAAAAGGCGGUUAUUAGAGUCGACCGACACGGUAAUCGAGAAUACCGAAGCAGCUCUUCGGGGUGUCGGCGCCGCGAAGCUCUCCUCAGGCGCUAGCGAUCUCUCGGGGGUCCACUGUAAGAAAUCGAGCGUAACUCCGUCCGACCCGACAGGGGAUAGCUCUUGCGAGGGGAGCUGGAAGCCGCCGCGGAGCUUCCAGGCUGAUACGAGGACCCUAACGACAUACCUCGAGGAGCUGGAAUCGUCCUUCGAGAAGUCGAGGGAUCCCUUGAGGCCGGGCGAUUCCGCCGGUAGUUGCUCCCCGAAUCUCCCCGCGGAUUCUCCGGAAGAAAUACCAGAGGUGCGGAAAGACAGUUCCCUUUACCUUGAGGAGACGGAGGGCUUGCGAGGUCCCCGGGAGGACUCGAGGCCUCCUAGGCUGGCCUGUAGGAUCCUGGCGCCUAGGAGGCAGAGCAGCGGAUACGCCAGCAAUCUCGGGACCUUCGACGAGGACCCGAGGAGUGCGGAGGUCGAGGUUGGCCCGCUGAGGGGGAGGCGGCGGUCGUCCGCCAAGAGGCUGGACCCUUCGCCCAGGAGGGCAGGUCGCUGCGAGGAGGUCGUCACCUUCCAUGAGGAGUCCGCCUCCUCGGAGAGGAUGCCGGCUACGGAGGUCCCCGGGAAGGUUUCGACCGCAGGACUGGACAUGCCCGAUAUCCAGGAAGUUCGGGAUGCGGAGUUACCGGAAGCCAUCGCCCAGAGGCUCUGUACCGCGGGCGGAAACGCGAACGAUAAGCCACUUUCUGGGAUGGAGGACUUAUCUGGGAGAUCUUCGAGGCCAGGCGUCUCCGCUCCUGAAAUAACCGCGAUUACGGAUCUUGAUACCCUGAGAGGUCGAACUGAGAAUCCUGGCAAGGAAUUCACCGUUUCUCAGAGGAUAUCCCAUCCGGAGGCUUUCGAAGGGAUGUCCAAGGUACUAGAAACGUUUAAGACGAAGGAGGUUGUAAAUCCGAACGUGCAUAAGAAUUUCCCCCAAGAACCCGCGUGCGACGACCUUGACAGGAUGUUCUCCAGGAUGGAAAUUCUACCUGGGGACAAAUUCUCCAGGUCGAUUACGUCAGUUCCUGUGAACUCUCUCUUAAUCAGAGAAAAGAAAAUCUCCACUUCCAGAGAAAAUUUCUCCGGAAAAGAGACUGUAUGUGAUUCACCGUCUUAUACCGACGUCCUAUUGAAGUCUAGGACGAAGGCCUCCCAAUCUGGCGGUAAUAUGUCACAUUUAGACGCGAGAUUCGCAGACACGGAGACGACGAGUUCUCCUGAAAGUUUCCGGAACGUGGACAGGUCUCUUCGACUCAGAAAAGGGAUGGUCCAUCAAUUCAGUACCCCAAAUUUCUCAAGAUCCGGGCUAGGUAACACAUCUAGAGGAAUCGAUGAAGAGUCACCGGGGGAUAAUCAGAAGUAUAAAUCCGAAGACGAUCAAAGAUUCUACUCGGCUGGUGUCGAUGAUGCGGACGUGUCAGAUGUUAUAGAAAAAAUGAUAAAGCCCCAACAAAAAAGCCCCAAUGUUACGCUGCCGCUUCCACGAUCUGUGAAGGUUUAUCAGCUGUUGUCGACCCAGUCGGAGGACAGAGGAGAUGGGGUUCCAAGGCUGAACGAUAGGAGGAUAUCAUUGCAGAUUACACGACACGAGGACGACAGGUUAUCUGGGAUUCUUCCGUCGUCCGAGGAGAAGAAACUCCUUCACGCCGAGAGCGUUCCCAUGAUGCAGGUUUCAGGUGUCAGAGAUGCCGAUUCUCGACUUCUGGCUCCAGGUGUGUCCGGAACGUGCACAGGAGGAAAAUCGCUGUUAUCAAGUGAGCUCGCCUCUGGACACAGACUUCCGGUGGAUCCUACCAUCAGACCAAUUUACCCUUACUGCCCUUACUCACCUUAUGGCAGCCCUCAGGGCUCUCCGAGGACCCAGAGGAGGCCUCUGAGAGAGAGCAGAAGAGUUUCCUUGGACAAUCGACAAGGCGCUCUUCAGCUCAACCAGUACAAACUGUUGGACAACAUUGGUCAGGGGUCUUUCGGGAUCGUUAAGCUCUGCUACAACGAGGAGGACGAGGCCCACUAUGCCAUGAAGAUCCUAAGCAAGAAGAAGCUGAUGAAAAAGGCCGGUAUUUUCGGCAGAAUGGCGCCCGGAAGAAAGGGUGCCUCUAGCCCGUUAGAAAAGGUCUACAGGGAGAUAGCCCUAUUAAAAAAGCUCGACCAUCCGAACGUCGUCAAGCUCGUCGAGGUCUUGGAUGACCCCGACGAAGAUAAUCUCUACCUUGUGUUUGAGUUGGUACAAAGAGGCGAGGUUCUUCAGGUGCCCACUGACCAACCCUUGGACGAGAAAACUGCCAGGAAGAACUUUCGCGAUGUAGUAAUGGGAAUUGAAUAUCUGCAUUACCAGAGGAUCGUGCACCGCGACAUCAAGCCCAGCAAUCUGCUCGUGGACGGCGAGGGUCGCGUGAAGAUCGCCGAUUUAGGAGUGAGCGCGGAGCUCCGGGAAGCGUCGGAACUGCUGACGGGAUCUGCAGGCACGCCGGCAUUUGCGGCACCGGAAACGACCACCCCGGGGGCUCGAUAUUCUGGAACGUUGUGUGACGUGUGGUCCAUGGGCGUGACGCUUUUCUCGCUGGUGACGGGAAGGAUUCCCUGGGACGGAUCCGGAACCGUUUUGGGUGUGCAAUCCGCCGUGCGUACGGAGCCCUUGAAAUUCCCUGAAAAGCCAGAGCUUUCUAAGGAUGUACGCGACCUGAUAAAUCACAUGACUUGUAAGAAUCCGGUCGAAAGGAUCACGCUUCCGAUGAUCAAGGAGCAUCCCUGGCUUACCAAUCAUGGCUUGGAACCUCUGCCCAGCGAAGCCGACAAUUGCCGUUUACCGGUCACCGUUACCGAUGAAGAGGUGGCCCGAGUUGUCACCAGGGUACCAAAACUGGACACCCUGAUCCUCAUUAAAACCAUGCUGAAACAGCACAGUUUCCAGAAUCCUUUCUUGCAAAGAAGAGCCAGUCGUACUGCAUACGGUGAUAAUACAUUCGGAGAAGAACUUCUUAAGGCCAAAUCAUCAUCGAGGAGAACUGAAGCCGUCAAAAUGAGAACGGAACAAUUCCACAAGUCUGGAAGAAGCAACUCCGCCCCCGAUUCGUAUGAAUGGCACACUAAUGGAAGACAAGUGUCCGUUGACAGCGCUUUGCCACCUGUGACGGAAGCCUCCAGUCAAGAGACCGACCUAGAGAAUCGGUGAUACGUCCAGUAAAUCAUGGCAAGCUAUUUGAGUCGAUUGGGAAAUCGAGCAAAGAGAUGGAAGUAGGGUACAUAAUCGAAGAAAGAUCGCCAGAGGGGACCUGCGGAAAAAGACCAGGAAAAUGGAUUUUUGCAUAAAAACCUAAAUCAACGAAGAAACCAAUCUUCCAGAAUCACCAAGUCGUUCUUCGGCAUCCUUCUUUUUUCCAUACGAAAGAAUGGCGCGACGUUUACGUAACUUUGUGCGUGAAUGUAUCGAGAAUGGAAGAAAGAACAUUAAUUACCAGAGGCCGUGAUGCACCCGUCCGUACAUGUUGUUAUACGUAACAUGCAUUGUACUAUUCUGCGGGAUGUAGUCUGGAUUUUAUGGAAGAUUCAUUUAUCCUGUGUUCGCGUGCAAAAUUUGAGUUGCAUGAAUAGCGAGCAUAAAAUAAAAUAUCACGCAUGAAGCACAGAGUUUAUAAAAAUGGAGAGGAAACUGCUAUAGUACGUGUAGAUGUGAAUUGUCCAGAGAAGACUCGACAGGGAGGGAUUUUUUGGUUCUAAACUUUUCCGAAAGUUUAUUACGUACGCGUUAGAAGUUUUUUGAUACUGGACAUUUAAGCGAUAUUAUCAUAGGCAACAAACAUGUGAAAGAACUUAUAGUUUUCAAUGAAGAAUUUACUCAUUUUGAGGUAUCUCUCUUUCACAACAAGAUGCUGUAAUAUAUACUACACUUGCGCAGUAAGAACUUUCGGAAAACUGUACAGACAGAAGAUACCUCUAUGUCUAAACUCCUCCGGAUAUCUCCACUUUUAAUGUUUCUCCAUUUCUGUAAACUCCAAGGCAUGAAGAGGAUAUAUUUUUAGACAAGUUGCAUUAUCACAGAGAAAUGGUGUCUCCAGUUGAUAUAUAUAAAUGCAAUAUCGUCUCCCUGAUUUAUAAAUGCUGAUAGUAGCAUUUCGGGUGGAUCGAAUUUACGUCGUUUGGAAAUCUAAUGACACUUACUCAAAUCGACGACGUUAGUAUCCCCUCUCUGUGGGAUUAUGAAUUGCUUUGAUUUAGUGGUACCUCGUGGGAUAGGACAACUAGUCGACAUAAUAAGAAUUGCUAAUCAGCGUGUCAGAAUUAGCGUUUGAGCUCUCUACUCUAUUUAUGAAUUCCUGUUAUUAAUAUUUCAACAAUUCCGACUCUGAUACGAUAUGGUUGGAACGUAACGCUGAACUGUACAUCGAGUGUAAUUUCUACAAGGUAUUGUUCUGCAUACGCGUAGAAAGUAAGGCUGUCUUGAUUUGAAAAUGUUAAAAUAGCUCUUGUCUAUCAGUGUAUAGGUUAUUACAUUGAUUGUAUGCAUUGUAAUUCCAAAUUUUUUAAUUUAAAAAGGGAAAUCUAAACAUUAGGGAAUUAGCUUGGAUAUACAUGUAUCGAUUCGUUUAAUACAAAUGCAAAGAAUUAAUAUAUAACUUCAAUAUAUUCAACAGUCAUUGAUGUAGUCUGUCUGUCAUAUAUAUAUAUAUUAUCAUAAUUCGUGCACCUUAAUGACAGCGGGACCUGGGAUUAUUUUUUCUCGGUUUAUAAUUUAUUUCCCUCUUAUUCACUGCAUUGAUGGGGUGGUAGCGUCACCAUUCUUACUUUCGUGAUACGUGCAAUAUAGGCCUUUUAUUUUGGAAUAUAGUAAUAAAUUUAAUUGAAAUUUUCAUACAAUGCUUAACGCGGGCUAUGAAGUAAUAACGAAGAAUGACAGAACUUUAAUGUUAGUUAUUUUGUCUAAUUCUAUUCAGCGGCAUUGCCAAAUUUGACGCGCAGUGGGAAUGCUAAAUUGUUUAUAAAAAUUAGAUUGAGUUAAGAAUAUUCUUUAAUUACCCAUUUUCUGUAAGACAUAUUCUAGGAACCGUUGUUGAACUACGUGCUUUCUCGAAAAUAGAAUAGUGGACAUUGAUAGUGGAUAUCACUUAGUAUUGUUGCGUCAUAAAUCAUACAAAGCUUCUAAUUAAAUCAGGAUCAUUAAGACUCAGAAUAAGAACAACAGAUUGGAGCUUCAUGUUGAUGUUUAUUCUUAUUAUUAUAGUAUUAGUACCUAUAACGGACCAAAAUUGUAGGAUCAUGCAUCCUAGCACUUCAAUGUAAAACUUAUUGUUAGGAUAACGACAAGGCAAUGACUGUCAAAUAGCGCGAUCGUCAAUUUUUCAACUUUCACGCACCAUACCCACCAAUGGUAUUUUUAUGAAUUUUUAAAAUAUAUUGGACUGAAACGGUAAUAUAAAAAUGUGAAUAAAUUAGUUAUUUUGUUUUUUGUUUGGCGGCGCGGAUGAAAAUUUGAGAACGCUUUCAUGAUUGAGCAAUGAACGCUCUGAGUACUAUUCGAUCGAAAUUGUAAUAUUGUUUUCUUUUUUAAGAUGAAAAAUGAUGAAACCUCGAUAAAUUAUGUGCAAACAUGUUGUACAGAAAUGAGGCAUUUUUUAUGACGGUUGGCGUCAAUGAAAGUUUAAUCAUGCAGAGAGUACAAUGUAGUAAGCUGAAGUGCAAUCGUAGCGUAUAAUUGAUAAGUAAUAUUCCGAAAAAUUUUACCAUCUAAGAAAAGUAAAUCUUUUCCCUACUUCUUCCGCCGUCGUUGUUUAUAUUUUAAGAGCAGUAAUGCUGUAAACAGCAUUAACUGACAAUGUAUUAUUGGAUUGUGUCUUGCACGCGUUUAUCUAUCUGAUACCUGUAUGUAUCUACAGAUAGACAGAUAAAGGGAUUGUUCGGUAUACACAUAUAUAUCGAAUCUUUAUUGUAUGGUGUAUCAUUUCACCGAUAAUAUGUAACGUGUAAUAAUGAAUGCCAAAUUAAAGAAUGUUAGAGCGCGGAAGAAAGUAGAAAUAUUGAGAAGUAACGGAGUGUACAUUAUUUGGAGACGCAAGAAUGAUUGAAAAGAUUCAUAUCGAAAUCGACAUUGGCAUAUGAGUAUUCAAAUAUUAAAACAUAUUUUCUAGCAGCUCUGCAUUCAUGUUACUCAUGUUGGCAAACAAAUUUACCUGUUUAUUUUGUAAUUAGCAGCUACUCUAUAAUAUGCAUUUUAAGCACAAAUGUUCAUCUAAGUACAGAAACGCUAUAUUUUUUAGAUGUUUUUACAUAUGUAGAGAAAGCAGUCAUGUUGCAGUUACUACUACAAUAUCGUUAAAUAAUAGUACAAAAUUACUGAAUAAUAUCUAGAGAAAAUUGUUUAGAAUUUUCAUUUUAUAGUUUCCUCACGUAUAUUAAACACAUUUAAUGACGUCUUCGUGAAUUUCACGUUAAAACUGCAUGUUUGAGAUGUAGACUAUAUAAUGUUGAUUGUCUUUUUAAGUUACGUUUAUAAUGUAUUGUUCAAUAUUUAUUUAUUUAGUCGUUUGCAAAAUACAGUAUAGGGGACGAUAGCCUUGUAGUUACGGACAUUAUUUUUAUCCUUCAUGUUACCAGAAAUGGAUGUGAAAAAGAUAAAAACAUUGAAUGUCUAAACUUAAACUAAUGUAACUGUAACAUGAUUAUUUUGUUCUUGUGUGUUUUUCUCGUAAUCUAUCGAAAGUGCGUAAGGUUGAUGGUCUUCUGGUGCCAAAUUAAAAGACCAAUGCAAAUUAUUCUCUAGCUGUUAAAAUCGUGGCCAAGUAGUCUUAAUUAAUUGAAUCAAUUGCCUAUAAGUCCUCGUGUUAGCUUGUGUGUUUGAUCCAACGUAUAUUUAGAAGAUUCUGAAAGAAUAGGUGUAACUUGGGAUCUGUACCGCUUGGCAAAGCGACAUUAGGCUCAGGAAACUCGGAGAAAUUUCUAAUAAUUGUAAAUAUCUAUUAGCUGUAACGAGGUGCCAUUAAGACCGAAUGAAUUUUUAAAUAGCUGGAAAAGCAGUGCUCCAUUCGCGACGUGGCAUUUUUUGUUAACGAUUUUCAACGAUCGCCCAAUAGAGCGCCGCAAUUUUUACGUAUUUGGGGAGGUUUCCCCGAGAAAGUGGUUUUAUCAUUUCGGUUUGAAAUGUUAUCGUUAGUGCAUUUCAUUUUUGACGAAGCGGACAGAUGUUAAGCAAAUAAGUUACUAUCAACUAAAGUACCUGCACUACAGGUUAGAAGAAGAUACCCAAAUUUGGAUAGAGAGUGUGGAGAAAUCCUCGUAUUGUAAAACCUUAUUGCGACUAGGGGGACCAUAAUUAUACGACCUUAGAUGCGUAUUUGUAAGCGUAUAACGAUAAAACGAAAGCCGAAGAGAGAGACUUUGAAUAGACGACAAAUAGGAAGGUAGAGAUAUAUAGUUUAACGAUGUAAGAAAGAAAGAUAUACUUCGAGUCAUAUCAUGAACCGAUUAAGCGACCAAUUUAUUAGUUUCCGAUUAGCCUCGUCUUAAGAUACGACAAAGACACUAGGUACGUUGAAAAUGCAGAUCGCUAGUUGUGAGAUUGACCGGCGCGAAAGUAGAGACACGAGCCCUGUUUUUAAUGGAAUUUAUCUCUAGUAGAAUUGGGUUCUCAAAGUGAAUAUAUAAGAUUUCUCCGCCCUGUAUGUACCCCUAAUGUGAUUUUUCGAGAGCUCGUCCGUCUCCAUAUUAUGUAUGUUAUAUAAAUCGCAGCCUUUUCGGAGGACACCAAGCAUGCUACGGGUAUAUUAUAAUUAUAUAAAGAGAUUUACGUCAAGUUAAUAAUGUAUACAUGUACAUUUUCCUAGAUGUCGGUUACGUGUUAUACUCUUGUGAAAUGCACAAAAACAUUUUGUACAUCGCGUUUAUUGCACACCGCUGUUUGUAACUCUUCUUCUGCAGUUGUCUACUACGGUCUACGGAUCUGUGGCAACACGGAUUGAUAGAUGUAAGUAUCGUUGGAUUCGAAGCCCAUUCAAUUCAUGCCAAAGGUUGCUAUGUGUACCGCAAAAUUGUCAACUAGGGUAUUUUAUGAUAUUCCCGGUAUCAGGUGAACAAAAUAUGUAUGCAUUUCAUAUAUUCGUGAUAUAGGAGAAUAAAUUGUACCAGCUUCAUCGUAUUAUAGUAGUUGUUGUAAAGGAUGUCCUUUUUACUAUUAUAUCGAGCAUAUAACUAAAGCCGAAAAUCUAUUUCCCAUAGAUAAGUCAACCUUGUUACAAUAUAUUACUAUCCCCCUUAA